CUCGCAACCACCGCCAAUGCCCAUUCCUGGAUCGAACAGCUCAUGGUUAUCAACCCCAACAAUGGCAGCUUCAUCGGUACUCCAGGCUACCCCCGAGGCUACAUCCCCCGCACAUCGCCCGACUUCAACGACGACGCCAUGACCUAUCGACUUCCAUCAAACGGGGUCAACCUUACAAAAGCUGACAAGAUGUGCAUGGAUACCCAGACAAGUCCGGACGACCAAAAGCCUGACCUCCCACGUCUUCAGGCACGGCAGGGGUCCGCUAUCGCUCUCAGAUACCAGGAAAACGGCCAUGUGACUGAACCCCAGAACCAAGAGGGAAAGCCCCCGAAUCGCGGAACAGUCUAUGUGUACGGCACGACCGAGCCCAGCGAAGAUGAUAGGAUCAUCGACAUCCACAAGGUCUGGAAUGAAGACGGCACCGGAGGCGACAAACGCGGAAAAUUGUUGGCAACACGGCCCUAUGACGACGGCCGAUGCUAUCAAAUCAACGGUGGCGACAUCUCGAAGGAUCGCCAGGCCAAGUUCAAGCACACGGCAGAUCAGUUGAUGGGGACCAAUUUGUGGUGCCAGACUGAUAUUAAACUGCCGGAUGAUGCGGAGGGUGGGAAACAGUACACGCUGUACUGGGUCUGGGACUGGCCUACUCUCCCUGGUGAGGACGAGAGCUUGCCUAAUGGGAAGCCAGAGCUGUAUACGACCUGCAUGGACGUGGAUGUUACUGGAAAAGCAGACACCAACACGAAGGUCCAGGCCAAGUACGAUGAUACACAGUCUCUUAACGAUGCUUCCAUUCCGGGUCAAUUUGCAAAGCUCUUC